GACUCACCGCCGGCCGGGUCGGCUCGGCUCCGGCCGCGCGCCCGGCCGCCCCGCGCCCCCGAGCCUUUACCUCCGCGCAGCUCCCCCGCACCCCCACCCCGCCUCCCAUCUCCAGAUCCCCGCCCCCCACCCCGCGCCUUGCUGCCUGCGCCCUCCCGCGCGCUCCCAGACUCCGGCCGCCGCCUCGCGAGCCCAGUAGGAGCCGGGCCGGGCCGGGGCGGCUGGGCCGGGCCAGGGCUGCGGGCGGCCCGGCGGGCGCAGGGGCCCUGCGGCUAUGAGGUGGCCCCCGGGGGCCCAGAGCCCAAGAGCCCCCGGGGAGGGAGGCACACGCGGCCCAGAGCAGCAGCCUGGGGGUUCCGGGGCCGGGGCGUAGGGACCGCCGCCCGCGAUGGACCGCACCGGGGACGAUCCGGACUCGCCGCCGCAGGUGUCCAUCUCCCAGGGCUCCUGAUCCCACUCCUGGACAGCUGCCCCUUCUCAGACUCCAGUCGGGCCGGAGCCUGCAAACCUGCUUCCGCAAUGGGUAAUGAGGAGCUGUGGGUGCAGCCAGCCUUGGAGAUGCCGAAAAGACGGGACAUCCUUGCAAUCGUCCUUAUCGUGCUGCCCUGGACACUGCUCAUCACCGUCUGGCACCAGAGCACCCUCGCGCCCUUACUCACCGUGCACAAGGAUGAGGGCACUGAGCCCCGGCACGACGCGCCCCCGGGCACAGACCCCAGAGAGUACUGCAUGUCUGACCGCGACAUCGUGGAGGUGGUGCGCACUGAAUACGUGUACACGCGGCCCCCGCCGUGGUCUGACACGCUGCCCACCAUCCACGUGGUGACGCCCACCUACAGCCGCCCGGUGCAGAAGGCCGAGCUGACGCGCAUGGCGAACACCCUGCUGCACGUGCCCAAUCUGCACUGGCUGGUGGUGGAGGACGCGCCGCGCCGCACGCCGCUCACCGCACGCCUGCUGCGCGACACGGGCCUCAACUACACGCACCUGCACGUGGAGACGCCCCGCAACUACAAGCUCCGGGGCGACGCCCGCGAUCCCCGCAUCCCUCGGGGCACCAUGCAGCGCAACCUGGCCCUACGCUGGCUGCGGGAGACCUUCCCGCGCAACUCCAGUCAGCCCGGCGUGGUGUACUUCGCAGAUGAUGACAACACCUACAGCCUGGAGCUCUUUGAGGAGAUGCGCAGUACCAGGAGGGUGUCCGUGUGGCCCGUGGCCUUCGUUGGCGGCCUUCGGUACGAGGCCCCACGGGUGAACGGGGCAGGGAAGGUGGUUGGCUGGAAGACUGUGUUCGACCCCCACCGACCAUUUGCAAUAGACAUGGCUGGAUUUGCAGUCAACCUGCGGCUCAUUCUGCAGCGAAGCCAGGCUUACUUCAAGCUCCGUGGAGUGAAGGGAGGCUACCAGGAAAGCAGCCUCCUCCGAGAGCUUGUCACCCUCAAUGACCUGGAGCCCAAGGCAGCCAACUGCACCAAGAUCCUGGUCUGGCACACGCGGACAGAGAAGCCCGUGCUGGUGAAUGAGGGGAAGAAGGGCUUCACUGACCCCUCGGUGGAGAUCUGAGCCUUGGACACAGGAGCCUCCUUCUCAGACCCCAUUCUCGGCCUUCCGCCCUUUCUCCAUGGCUGAUGGUCCCCCCAAGGCAGACUCCUAAGGAAUCACCGUCACCCUCCUUUGUAUUCUGGGGGUUCCAGAGUGCAGCCUGAUGCCAGGACAGAGAAUUCAAGCACAGAAAUCCCAGACCUGCUGUCCUCUCCACCCGCCCCAACCAGCGGCCCCAGAGACAAGGGCCGAGGGUCCGGCAGCAGCAAAGCCGGCACAAGGCUUGUCAGAAGCUUCCUGAACGGAUGUCCUAGAGUGAUGCAGGUUUGGGAGGGAGGUGAAAAGACCCCAUGGUCUGGGGCCUUAGCACGACCACCCAGGACUCCCAGCCAGGGAAUUCUGAAGACCAGAGAGCAACCACUGGGCGUCCCACACGCCCCACCCCCUCCUCCACACCUGCUCUACCCAAGAGCUGCUCCCAAGUCAGACACACCUCUCUGGCUCUCCUCUGGUUCAUGUUUACAGAGCAUAUGGUUGUCUUUGAUCCCAACAGACACCCAGCCCUGCAUGGGGGCACCCUGGCCUGCCGGCAGGCUCCCCCUGUACCUCAAGCUGUGGCAGGAGUGUAGUCCCCUCCUUUGCCACCUUCCCUCCAGCCUUCUCCUCCAGCACUGGCAAGGAGGUGGGCACAGAGCCAGCGCAGGUCCACUGACCUGGACUAAGAGCCACAGGACCCCUCUGUCCACACACUGCCUCCCCACUGCCCCUGGGGCGCAGAGCUGCCCAGGACUGGGCCUGGGAGAGGUCACCCUCUUCCUGUAAAUCUUGAGAACUGCAGACCUCAGGGCUGGAGUGGGUGGUGGGCAAGGUGGUGAGCUCUAGCCUGUGGGGGUGAGGCAGGCAAUUCUCCGACCCCUUCCUGCCCCCUGAAAUGGAGGGAGGGGGUUCGAGGAUAGUAGAAGGAUUUAGGGAACGGGGCGGGGGGUGGUGGCAGGAGAUGAAGGAGAAGGAGGCUGAGCACACGUUGCUUUGGGAAUCAUUCUAUUUACACACAAACUGGGGAAGGACUUCUCACUGCUCCCCGUCUCCUGUCCUGCUGCCUGCCCUAGGGAAAGCAGCUCCCCAGGGCUCCCAGGCUGACAGGGGGUCUCUGGCUCCCGACCCAGCCGGGCCUUCUGGUGGUGAUCAUGCUCGUGCCCUGAGCCGGAAGCACAAUUUUCCUCUAAACAGAGGAGAAGGAAAGGGCCCGAGCCUGUGAAAGAGGUGUUUAUUUUUUAACUGCUAACAGCCCCCACCGCAUUAAAGCUCACAGUCAGCUCUGAGGUCCACGCAGAACCGGCCCUGGGUAAGACUCAGUCGAGACCUUAACACUGAAAUGUAGCACUGGCUGCCUAUCUGGAAAUGGACGUCGCUUCCCACAGUGCUCGUGAAAGCCCCUGGGGAAGCAAUCCCUGAGCCACCUCCAGGAAGUGCUCCCAACCUCUUACCCUUUGGGCGACCCCUUGAAGUCAAGCAGGGUGGCAGGGGACACAGGUCAGGUGAGGGCAUUCCACUGCCUCCCUGCUGGACACCAGCCCUAAAUGUCGGGGUCGGUGUGGCUGGUCUGGGGACUGCUAUUAGCCAAAAUCCCAGGGCUCAUUUUCACGAAGUUGAUGAUGAACAAAAAAAUGGGGACUUUUUUUUAUUUUGGGGGCAGAUGCUAGUUCAGUUUUUUUGUUUGUUUUCACCUAACACCCUCUCUUAGCUGCAUGUAUAUUUAUUUAUAAUUAUAACCCUGGUGGACUGCAGCCUUCAUCUUUUUUGGGAAUACGUUUUGUUAAGAGUCUUGUUUGCUGGCCAGCCCCCCGGAGCAGCCAGGCCAGGGUGGGAUUAAGUCCUGAGAACGGGGGCCGGGGUGAGGCUGCAGGCCAGGCAGCCGAGCCAUCUGGUCUGUUUUAAUUUAACUGCAUUUGUUUUCAAAAUUAAAAGUCAAAUAUGGUUUUUAACAGUCCUAA